CUGGGUUAUUCCCCAUGACGUCACUGGAGAUAAUCACGGAAGUGAAGUGAGCGACGAAACAAGACAGACUCAAAUAAGUUGGUGUGUGCGCUCGACUCGUAUUUACAGGCUGUCCGUCAUCAUGCUGGGAGGAGGUUUCAAAUCAGAGAGGCUGAGAGUCAACCUCAGACUGGUCAUCAACAGACUCAAACUCCUUGAGAAAAAGAAAACUGAGCUUGCUCAGAAGGCCAGGAAAGAGAUUGCAGAUUACCUGUCAUCAGGUAAGGAUGAGCGGGCACGGAUCCGUGUGGAGCACAUCAUCAGAGAGGACUAUCUGGUUGAAGCCAUGGAGAUCUUAGAGCUUUACUGUGACCUGCUGUUGACUCGCUUUGGCCUCAUUCAGUCCAUGAAAGAACUAGAUCCAGGCUUACAGGAAGCAGUGUCCACUCUCAUCUGGGCAGCUCCUCGUCUGCAGUCAGAGGUGUCUGAGCUAAAAAUUGUGUCUGAACAGCUGUGCGCAAAAUAUAGCAAGGAGUACGGCAAGCUAUGCAGGACAAACCAGAUUGGCACAGUCAACGACAGGCUGAUGCACAAACUGAGUGUUGAGGCUCCUCCCAAGAUCUUGGUCGAGCGCUACUUGAUAGAGAUCGCAAAGAACUACAAUGUCCCCUAUGAACCUGACGCCAUGGUCCGACCCGAGGUGUGUACUGGGGAGGAGGCAGACCUGAUUGAUGUCAACAAUGACAGGAAGUUUGGAGGAGGAGGUGGUGGAGGAUUCACAGCUCCUCUAGCUCCUGGAAUCCAUAUGCCUAUGCCCAUGCCUAUGGCUAUGCCAAUGCCAACAGCUUUCAACUAUCCACCUCCCAAUGGAGCUGAACAGUUUCAUGCACCCGUUGGAACCUACAACAGCUUCCAGCCCCCCAUGGGAGGAGGGCAGCCACCUCAGUUGCCCACUUCUCCCCCUACAUACGAGUCUAUUGACGACCUAACUGAAAAACCUUCUGUUCCUUCCCAGGCCGUAGGUCCUGCUCCUUCGGCUCAGAUUUAUGACAACAACGCUCUUCCAGAACUCCCAUCUGUUCCUGACACACUCCCAACAUCCUCCUUGGGCAGAAGCAACACCACCUCAGAUGACAUUGACUUUGAUGAUUUGACGCGGCGCUUUGAGGAGCUGAAGAAAAAGACCUAAAUGCUUUAACCUGAUAUACAUAAACAGGCCUGUGUCACCUACACAGCUCAGAACAGGAAAUAGAAAUUGUUCAAGGCUCUGAAUCAGAUUUGGAUAGCUCUCCUCCCUCUUUCUUGGUGAAGUAAUUUUACACAAAUAUUAAACAUACAUGUAAUCUAUUACCUCAUUUAUAUAGCUGUGACCAGCUAAUGAGAGAGAGUACUUUUAAGCGCCACAUGUUUUCAUUUCUUCUAUUUGGCACGUUGGAUAAAAUCUUAAACAAUCAUGUUCACCCCUUCUCGCUCCUUAUUUAAAAUCGCACUGAAGUUUAACCUUUUCCAUUUGUCUGUGUGGUAAUUAAUAUGUUCACAUGUAGAUCUUAAGUGUUGAUUUUCCUGAAGGUUUUGGGUUUGAUUGAUAUUUAUAGUACAUGCCUUUAUUCUACUUUGGACACCCUGUCGCUGUGAUCUUUGCCACUGUGUCGCUCAGUCCCGUCUCAGACCAGUUUGACAGGUAUAGCGGGCUGCGCCACCUCGGUGGCGAACAAGCGUUUACGCAUUAAAAUCGCCAUUUAGUUUCCAAAGUGAGGCUCCAACAGUCAGUGAGGUUUUUCUCAGCUGUACAGGGACACAUAGAAGCCAUAUUUUCAGUGUGUUACGCAGUUUUUCUCACUGUGGGAUUGUUAAAUACUCAUCAUUACCAAGCUUCUUAAACUUCAAGGUGUAUUUGUAUCAGAAAAAUUGUAUGGUUUCAAACCUUUUCCGUUUGAGGGUGAUGGGACACAGAUGUAACAUCACAACAUGUAUGGAAAUCUGUAAUAUAAAACACUUACAGCAAUAUAGGUAGACUUAUGUACAUGAAUGAUUUAACUGUAUAGGAAAAGGAGUUUGGCAGCCGGGAGUUGUUCAAUAUUUGACAAAUCUGUUUUAUAUACACUAUCUCCAAAUAAAGUUUUCUUUUUGCCCUUUUGAA